AUGAGUCGUACAGCUCCAGAACUCCAUGCUAUUCAUGGUUCGGAUUUGUUCUCUAGCCUCCAUCUGUCACAGCAGGCACCGUUGAUCCUCAACCGAAGACUUACAUCCGAGACCAACUUGAAGUCCACAUUGCUACUCUCACCGGAGAAGUUUGAGGAAUACAGGGAGAUCGAACAGCUCUUAUUAGCUUGUUUACAGACUGGAGAUGACAGAUCGGCACUGUCCUGUCUCAAUCAGCUCGAACAGCGCUUCGGGGCUUCAAACGAGAGGGUCCUUGGGCUACGCGGCAUAUACGAAGAGGCCGUUGCAGAGGAUCAAUCUUCCCUUGAAUCCUGUUUACGCAAAUAUGACACCUUACUGCUGGAGAACCCGGCUAACAUGCCCGUUCUAAAGCGGCGUGUUGCUCUUCUGCGUGCAUUGUCUCGGCCCACAGAUGCCAUACACAGCCUAAUAGAUCUGUUGAAGGCAGCUCCUACGGAUGCGGAAGCUUGGUGUGAACUCUCAGAUCUAUAUAAGUCUCAAGGAUUGGGACUCCAGGCAAUUUUCUGCCUUGAGGAAGCAUUAUUGAUUGCACCAAACGCAUGGAAUAUCCAUGCUCGUCUCGGUGAGCUUCAACACCUCGUCGCUGGGUCUUCCGACCCAGAGCAAUCAUAUCACCUAUUGCGCGGGUCGAUCCGUUCUUUCAGCAGAAGUAUUGAACUUUGCGAUGAUUAUCUGAGGGGUUUCUAUGGCUUGGCUUCAGUGAGUGAAAGGUAUCGAACUUACUUGCAGGAUUCUUCAUUGUCGCAAGCAGACGAUUCACUCUCAGUAGUGCUGCUCGAGAGGCUGAGUGCCUUUGCCAAAACUAGGAUCGAGGGUAUCGUGAAAGAACGAUCCAAGGGGCGCAUUCAUUCUGAAUACAGCCAAGGCGAGCUCAUCGCGGCGAAGGAGCUCCUCGAUCGUCUCAAUGUAUCCGACUAA